CAAGAACCCAUUUUGACUACACAAACUUGGGAUCCAAGUAUAAGCCAAAAACCAUCUAACACAUUUAUCAAGGAGAUACCAACAAAGAAAGUAUGUGCAGAGAGUGCUUGCACAUGAGCUGUUAUGCCCUCAAGGAGGCCCCAGCUGUGAAUAUUACUUGGUGCUGGCCCAAACACACAUUCUUAAGAAGGACUUUGCCAAGGCAGAAGAAUACCUUCAACAAGCAGCCCAGAUGGACUACCUGAACCCCAAUGUCUGGGGCCUGAAGGGCCAUCUGUAUUUUCUGAGUGGAAAUCAUUCUGAGGCCAAGGCAUGCUAUGAACGAACCAUUAGCUUUGUAGUGGAUGCUUCUGAGAUGCACUUCAUCUUCCUGCGACUGGGGCUCAUCUAUCUGGAAGAGAAAGAGUAUGAAAAGGCAAAGAAAACCUAUAUGGAAGCCUGUAAGAGAUCACCUUCAUGCCUUACCUGGCUAGGACUGGGAAUCGCCUGCUAUCGGCUGGAGGAGCUCACAGAGGCUGAGGAUGCUCUCUCUGAAGCCAAUGCAUUGAACAACUACAAUGCUGAAGUAUGGGCGUAUCUGGCUCUGGUCUGCCUGAAAGUUGGACGGCAAUUAGAAGCUGAGCAGGCCUACAAGUACAUGAUCAAGCUGAAAUUGAAAGAUGAGGCUCUGCUUGCAGAGAUCCACACACUACAGGAAACAAUUGGCUUUGGAAAUCCAUCUUUCUGAUACCCCUCCAGCUGAAGAAUUUUCUGUAUGGGACUCUGAGUUCCUUUCCUUCCCAGAGAGUUUUACCGUAUGAAGCCUGGAGGUGGAGAACGAAAGAAUCUUCACUAUAAACAGAGACCCAUUCAUUUAUUUCCAUUGGCUGUGUUACUGGUUGACGAGAAACUGGGUCACAAUAAAAAAUGGAGAUAUGAAACUCAAAAUUCA